AUUCAUCCAGAAAUUCAAUAUAAAAAAACAACGGAAAUUAGCAGGUUGUCCCAUCUCGGGACCCUUUACGACGGAAUUGAGACACAAAUCGACCAAGCAUUUAAAAACGUCGAGUUGGGUUAUAUCACAGCGAGUAGCGCUGGAUGGUCGCAGGUUUAUUUAAUAACGUCUUAUUAUGUCGGGAUAAAUGGUAAAGUAAUGCAGGUGAUGGUCAGGAAUUUCAAAAAAUAUUUGCCAGAUCACGAACCUUUGUGGACCUGCAUUGAGGUUGCUUGCUUAGCGAGGCCUAGCGUGAGAGUGGGAAUUGAGGCCGUGGCACAUAUUCCUAAUUGA